AUGAUUAGUUUCUCUUCCCCUAUUCUAUCUGAAUCUUGGAAGAAUUCAAAUAUGCUUCUUCUAAGUUUAAUUGCCCCACCAGAAAAUUUAAGUCCUGAAUAUUUUUGUUCCCUUUUAAACCAGUAUGAAAUUUUAUCAAUACAAAGGUAUGGACCUGUCCAUUAGGUGAAAAUACUAAACAAAUCCUUAAUGGACUAUAAAGUACUAGUAGAAAUGGAAACCCAUGAAGCUGCAAAAUCAGCAAAGUCCUUUCUUGAUUAAUUGUCUUCAAACUUUAUUAAGUGCUAGUAUUAUUAGGAUGAGAAGCCCCUUUUAUCAGGUUCCUAUAAUAAUUGCUCCCUCGAUCUUAUUAACGAUUCUACUUUAAGUACAUAAAGAUGUCGUCAUUCUACAUCUCUUAAUGACAGUAUUAAUUAAUUAAAAUGUGCAUAGUUGUAUAAGAAGAUGAUAAGCAUCUUUCAAGCAUAAGAUCUAUAUUAUCUAGUUAGAGAAUAAUCAAUUCUUCUUCCAUAAUGUAACCAACGAUAACAUUAUGCUUGAAUGGAAUAAAAGGGAAGAACCUUGAUGCUUAGAAACUGUAUAAUAUCUUUAGUAAUUUCGGAAACAUUGACAAAAUUCUACUCAUUAAGUAUUAACUAGAAUAAACUAGGUUAAAAAAUUUCGCACUCAUCAAAUAUCUCAAAGAAGAGUAUUCAAUAUUCGUUUUUUAAAACUGUUAAAAACUGUAAUUCUUUGAUAGCGUUGUUUCUAUUUCUUUCGUUGCAGAAGAUGCAAUUGACUAACUUAAAAGUCUUGAUACUCUCUACAAUGAGCAAGACUACUAUGUUGGUUCUUAAGAAACUGAUAGGUAAGAAUAGAAAUAAAAUUUAGAUUUAAUUCUAACAAUAAAAUGAAUCUUUUGCCACCAAGUUAAGUCUUACACAUCUCCAAUCUUAAAAAGGUUUCAUCGAAUGCUGAAACUAUGUGGGAUGCCUUUUCUGAAUUCGGUGUAGUAGAGGUUAUUUGUAAUGUUAAUUUUAGGCAGUUAAAGUCCUUAAUACUUAGUUCAAAUUUAUGUGUUUAGUCAAGAUGGAAACUCUUUAAUAAGCUUUGGAAGUGAUGGCUUAAAUGCACAACGAAGAGAUAGAUAAUAGAAAUGUAUAAAUCUCUUUCACAAAAGCCAAAAUCUGA